AUGGAACUGCUGUUCAACUGGGUGUGGGAAAACGAGUAUGCGCCAAGUAGAUGGAGGCAAGGGGUGGUUGUGGACUUGUUCGAGAAGGAAGACAAGACUGAACAAGGAAACUACAAGGGGAUCACACUCUUGAACACAGUAGGAAACGUGUCCUUUAAGCUGCUGAACGAUGGGAUGGUUGGUGUAUUGGACGAAGGCAGGAUAAGCCAGGGUCAGGCAGGAUUCCGAAAGAAGACGGGAACGAGGGCGGGGCAGCCAACGUACUGCUUCUUCUUGGAUGUGGAAGAAGCAGACGAUACGGUAUGGAGAAAUUGGCUGUGGAAACAAUUGUUGUCCGAACACGCGAUAAAGGGGAAAAUGUGGAGAAUGUUGAACAAGUUGAAAGAGUGUACGAAAUCCGCUGUCAUCCCAGACGGAGAACUGAAUGAAAAUUCUUCAACAUCGAACAGGGGUCCCACAAGUUUGAAGGGGGUAAAGGUAGGGGAAACGUGGGUGUCGGGAAUGAUGUUUGCGGAUGACUUUGUUGGGGUGCCUGGCACCCCUGAGGGACUUGAACCGCAGAUUGACGCAGCGAAAGAUUUUACGGACUUGUGGAGAUUGUCUAUCAACGUUAAGGAGAGUGCCGUCAUGGUAGCGGAAAAGGGCCGGGCACGAGCAGGGAAGCUAUACCCAAUACUCGCAAAUCGGCACCUCGAUACAUGCAUCAAAUUUACAGUUUUGAAGAGCGUAAUCGUACCGCCGCUGGAGUACGCCGGAGACGAAUGA